CAACCCGGAACUACACUGACUAGGUUUCAGACUGUCAGUUUUUGCACAUCGAUUAAACGCCGCACGAUGACGCGUCUUUCUCCUGAACUUUCUGCUUGAUCCGGACAGAGAUGCUUCUUCUCCGUCUCUGAUCACCCAUCAGCACCUGUUUCAUCCCGGCUUCUGCUCCACCACCGACAUCUUUUCUGUUUGGCAGCGAAAUUACGCGAUUUGAUAUUACUCUAGAGUAAAAACAGCCACAUUUCCUUCCAAAACAACGAGCACUUUGAGGAUCUUCCAGGUAGUUUUUUGUUGAUAAUGUGUGUGACUCGUUUUGUGUUUUUGUUUCACCCAUUUCCUGUGGGUCAGACGGACAGGCUUUGUGUGUCUGUCCCCAUCAGGAGAGCAGCGAUGGCAGAACAUCUCUCUCAGAGUGAGCUGGACUACCCAUUUAAACUUCUGGAGUAUUUCAAUGGCUUCAGAGUGUCAAAGGUGAUAUUUUCAGCCUGUGAGCUUGGAGUGUUUGACCUCCUGCUUAAAUCUCAUGAGGCUCUGAGUGCUCAGCAUGUGGCGCAGGAACUGGGCACCAGCGUGGACGGCAUGGAGAGGCUGCUGGACGCCCUGGUGGGCAUCGAGAUCCUCGAGGUGGAGAGAGAAAAAGGGAUGGCUUUGUACAGCAGCAAAGAUGUAGCUAACCUUUACCUGGCCAAAGGUAGCGCUAAAUCUCUUCAUGACAUGAUUGUCUACCAGUCCCAGACCAUCUACCCACUGUGGAACAACAUGGCCGACGCCGUCAGGGAGGGGAGGAACCAGUAUGAAAAGACCUUCGGCCUUCCAUCUGAUGACGUCUUCCAAGCCAUUUACAGGUCUGAGGAGGAGAUGCUUAAAUUCAUGGGGCUGAUGAACUCCUCCUGGGUUCUCGAUGGACACGACGUUGUGACGGCGUUUGACCUCUCUCGCUUCCAGAGGAUAGUUGAUCUAGGAGGUUGCACUGGAGCUCUGGCCAAUGAAAUUGUGAAGGCAUAUCCCACGUCUAACGUCACCGUGUUUGACCUGCCAGAGGUUAUAGCAGCAGCUCAGAGACAUUUCUGUCUAGAAGAUAACCGCGUCGCGUUUCAGUCCGGAGAUUUCUUCCGAGGUGAAAUUCCCAGUGCAGACCUGUACGUCUUGGCCAGAAUCGUUCAUGACUGGUCCGAAGAGAAGUGCUUGGCGUUGCUGAAGCGGAUCUAUGAGACUUGUAAGCCUGGUGGAGGCGUCCUGCUGGUAGAGGCGCUGCUGUUUGAGAACAGGCGAGGGCCCCUCAUGGUUCAGAUCUUCUCCCUCAACAUGCUGGUCCAGGCCGAGGGCAGGGAGCGCUCCCCAUCCGAGUACAUAAACAUGCUCAACAAGUCAGGCUUCUGCAACGUUCAGGUCUGCCGGACCGGAAAGUCCUACGACGCCAUCUUGGCAAUCAGAUGAGCUCAGAAACACUCCAAGUAUCUGAUAGGGAAACGAAAUGGAGCACUGAAUUCAAAUAAUAGCUUGAACCUUCAUCAAAGGAGAGCUUUUUACUCAGAUCUU